AUGGUGAUGGACCAGUAUGCAGUUUAUGUUAUUGAAAGAAUCGCUGAAAUAUGCAUUUGUUCCUUACGCCCGCCUAUGGGAAUGAAAGCACGAAUUCCACCAUCCUUAGCAUUCACUUCUUUAGCACAAAUAUGUGCGGAGCUUGGUAAAGAUCAAGAAACGUCAGUUUAUGUUGGACAACAUGGGCUGGCAUCACUGCUUCUAAUUGAGAGUAUUCGCUGGUCACUGCCUUCAAGGCACGCAAUUGCUGCUGCUCUGAAUAUGGCGAGUGGUGGUAAUAAGCUCUUGAAGACCCGCGCUGGAGUUCGCUCCAUGCAAGGCCUCUUAAGCUUGGAUCUGGUCGAAGUAGCCGAGACUAUGCUGGGGUCAAUGUCUGGCUGCUUUUCAGACAUGGCUUGUGAUACCUCCCCGCUGCAGAGUGGGCGGCUGUAG